GGAACAAACACCUCGAAGUCCAUCCAGAGCUCCAAAAGCAGCACAACGCAGCGGCAACAACCUGCGAGCUCUGAUGGGCUCUAAGCAUCUCGUGCGAAACCUCCUGGACAGCCAUGCUAUUCCUGUCAUUUCCCCUGACCAUGAUUCCCAAUGAGCCACUCAGCGGACGCCGAUGUGGUGCCAUCUUCCCCUUCACCACGCUAGAGACAAAAGGGGACAGGGCAAAAAUGACGAGUGUGGCUGAUGACUGGUGUGUCUCACAGCCCUGAAUACCGCCAACCACAGCACGAAAUAAGAUUAUCUGUCGAGUCUGAGACGAGGAGGUCUGUGUACCCGUGUGCGGUAACUCAUCAGUUUCUACUUUGGUACGCUAUUGAGUAUCUCUCCGUCUUUAUUGAUGUCUUUGGUUUUUCUUUUGAGAGCUCGCGUCUCUUCCCAUUGUUCAUCCCACAGUUGGACGCGCUUCCUUGCCAAUUUCAAUUAAAGUUGAUUGCGUUGUCUGUAAAAUUCUGCCGUUGUUUCAUUUUAUCCAGGGGUAACAUGCGGAGAAAUUUUGCUGAUAUCAACCAACAUCAGAUAAAUUCUCAUAUGAAGAAGUAUCCCACACUCCGAGUGGACCCCUGUUUUCCCAUUUUCAGGGCCCAUGGGCUAACAUGGGUGCAUGAAGUGACUCCUCUACGGCCUUGUGGAUAUCGCAUUUGUGGUACCUGCAUCAAAGCAAGGACCGGGUAACGACAUCGGCCAGCGGGGGAUUAUAUGUGCAACUGGAAGAUUGCAGGCCUUCCUGCUUCUCCUGCUCUCCUGGUGAGGUAUCA